UUUUGUAUCUCUAUGGCCAUGCCGAAAAUGUUGUGUAUUUAUAUUUUUUCGAUAUUAUUUUUUAUGGUUAAUACACAAAGUUUAAAUGAAACACAUAGUGUGGAUUUGCAAGGAAAAGUAGAUGAAAUGAAGACACCACCUAUAGCAUACCCAACGUCCUUGGCAUUUCUUUUCAUAUUCCUAACACUUUUAGUUGGUGUAAUAGUAAGAGCCGUCAUGCUGAGUACCACAAUGUGUAUACCAUAUAGAGUGGUAAUGUUCAUCUUUGGGGGAUUUCUCGGAUUUUUUGCCCAUAAAUAUCCGGCAUUCAAACCGUUUGUUACGAUCUGCUACAUAGACGUUGAUUUGCUACUGACGGCUUUCCUGCCGAUAAUACUGUUUUUCACAUCUUAUAGCGUUGAUUCUCAUUCAUUUUGGAAGAGUUUUCCUCAAAUUUUAAUGGUUGGCGUUGCGGGUGUGCUGCUCACUGCUCUGAUGGCAGCCUUCAUGGCAUAUUAUUUGAUUGGAUCUUCUUGGAGUUUUACCACUGCUCUGCUGUUUGGUAUCGUCUGUUCGCCUAUAUAUCCCGUCGAAAUCGUUACGCAGUUAAAAGAACUUACCAAGGGUAAAAACAUUAGCGUGUUGCUACUGGGAGAAGGUUUAAUAGGUGAUGCGACUGUUAUGAUCGAGUUUACAGCAGUACUUGGAUAUCUAGCGUCAGCUCUCACUGAUGCAUCCCAAAUUUCUAUAAUGUUGAUACGAUUCGCGGGGGGCGGAGUGUUACUAGGCUUGGUUAUGGGAAAGAUUACAUCUGGAUUGCUAUCUAUUACAUAUUACGAUUUGUUAUGCAGUGUUACUCUGACGUUGGCCGGUGCAUACUUAACGUACUAUAUUGGUGAGAAAUUCUUUUACGUAUCCGGCUUGUUGGGGACUGUUAUUGCGGGAGUUAUGGUGAGCACGACGAAGUCAACCGUUUCCGCGGAAGUGGAGCAAAUUGUGUCACACUUUUGGAGGAUUCUAUCGCAUAUAGCGAAUACAUUGGUGUUUACGAUUGUUGGAGUGGUCAUAUUUGAAAAGUUGUGCUAUGUUAUAUCUGUGAGACAAGUGGCGUUGGUGUUUGUGACGUAUACUACAGUAUAUGCGUCAAGGUUAUUUGUGUACGCGGCUAUGACUCCUAUUUUGAGAAAUAUAGGGUAUGGAAUGUCUUGGCAGCAUGCGAUGGCCUGUGUUUGGGGUGGCUUACGGGGACCAUUAUCCCUCUGUUUGGCAUUAAUUGUUCUUGAAACACCGUUGACUGCGGAUUUCGGGGAGGUCUUUAUAAUCCAAACUGCUGGGCUAGUUUUGUUAUCUCUUCUCAUAAAUGCAACCACUAUUACCAAAGUCUUGAAGAUCCUAGGCCUAGCAGAAAUAUCCCUCGCCAAAAAGGCCAAUAUGACGAACUGUGUGAAACGCAUUAUGAUGACGAGAGAUAGAUGUAUCUCUAUGUUGAAGAUGGAUAAGUUUCUUGCUGAUGCCAACUGGGACCUGGUACAGGCUAAUACAACAAUAAAACACCCAUACCAGCUGCAAAUGUCCGGCCGUGAUGAGGAUAGUGAUGACGACACGUAUAUGGGAUAUCAUUACACCACUUGUCCCGAUUGCGAAAGAGAGAUACCCAAUGAACCUACGAAAAAGGAAAUAGCGGAGAUGAUGAGGGAAGCUAAUCAAAGGGUGCUAAAAGCCCUCAAAAUAUCCUAUUGGCGUCAGUAUGAGCACGGUAAAAUAAGCAAAGACGGGGUGAGGACGUUAGUUCAAGCUGUCGAAGUGGCUGCGGACUCAGAUAAUGGGAAGAUUAAUUUGGACCAAUUGGGGACUCUGUGGAAGCCAAAGGUUCACGCGGUCUGGCUUCGUCGUAAACUGGUAGAUAUGAUGAUGCCAGACGCAGCGAACGCCCAGGUACCACGACAUCCCUGGCGACAGUAUUGCUAUCGCAUCAUUAGCAACAUUUGGUUCGACGGUUUCAUAUACAUAAUGAUAUUAUGUAAUACACCCGUUAUAUUGUGCGAAGUCGCUUUGAGGGGACCAGUCAGUCAUGAAGUGACUAUUGCUAUUAAAUCUUUAAAUUUGUUCUUCUUUAUAAUCUAUGUCCUAGAAAUGCUUAUUAAGUUCUAUGCUCUGACGAUUCGUGGUUAUUUCAAAUCUCAUUGGAAUAAACUAGACUUUUUCAUCAUUGUCAUGGCGACCGCAGAUUUAAUCCUCGAUAUAAUUGAUUCGGUAACAGUUUGGGAAAAAUGGAAUAAUUUAAAUUCAAGUGUUUUAACGGCGACGAAACUGUUGAGAAUGUUGCGAUUUUUACGGCUGUGCAAGUUGGCUCGGGUAUCUGUACCAAAGAUUAUGGCGUAUAUAGACCGAAUGAUAGAUAUACAACUGGCGUUUGGAUAUGACGUUGGAAAGGGAUUCGUAACAGGUGAAACUGAGGUGUGCAAUCUAUUGCCUCAACUGGUUGAUAAUCAGCAGAUUCAAGAAACCCUUUAUAAUAGACUCGAGGCUGACAGACUCGUUGUAACCCGCCAACUGGGUUUGUUACAAAGAGACAGGCCAUGGACUGCGAUCACAGUGAAAACGAGACAAGCAACCACAUCUACGCUCAAUAUAAUGCUCUCAGAUGCAAUUCAACUUAAGGAAGAAGGGUUUCUAGACGAAAUGGAGUAUCGUUUACUAGUGAACGCGAUACAAGAGAGAGUUCAAGCUAUUCGACAUAAGGGUAGCUUAGUUGCACCUUCUUUACCGGAGACCCAGCUCCGCGCCAUAUCCUGGCUUCAAGGCAACGAGAGAGUAGCUGACUUUUUCAUAGAAAACUCGGAGAUAUAUAAUUAUAAUAUUAACGAUGUAUUGAUAUUUAGAGGUGACCAGCCAAAAGGCCUUUACGUUUUGGUAUCAGGGCUGUGCGAAGCGAAAUACAUUCCACCAGACGACGAAAUGGAUGAGGCAAUUCCUAAUUAUGAGUUCCUCACGGAUUUGAAGUUCUCUGAACCGAGUCAGGAGUAUAUUGUUUCUGGGAAUGCUAUUGGAGUAUUGGGAGUGCUGACGAAUCGUCCUUACAACUAUACAGUACGCUGCGAUUCGGCCGUUCAGGCAUAUUACAUCACCAUACAAGUAGUCAAAGAUGCAUUCCAUAUUGCCCCACAUCCCAUUAUGGGGUUAGAAGCGUCAAUGUGGCGUGAAAUUGGUAUCAAGUUAUCUUUAAUGGUGCUACCAAACGUACCAGCUUAUCAUUCCUGGUCAAGCGAGAAAAUCAGUAUGCGAUUGGAACACGCUUUUGUGCCUUGCCUUAGAGCUUUUAAGAUAUUUGUGGUUGGUGAAUUAAUGGAAGAUAUAGUGCUGUUAGACGGAGUGUGUCAGGAUAUGGCUACUAGAGAGGUGUUCCAACCGCCUUGUUAUAUACCACGGACAGUCCAUCGUCUUAUAUUUCCAAAGUCAUCACAACUGGUCGUGUCCAGUCAGUGUCCAGAGACAAAAUUAUUAAUAGUCCCUGCAAAGGAUACAGACGAAUUGGACAUUAUGGAGGACGAACUUGACGAUUUGCAAUGCGAAAUGGUUUCCAACGCCUCCUCCCGUUGCCUAUACCACAGGGUGAUACGAAAGUUAUCUGUUGAAUCUCGGAAUAAGAGCGUUAUGCGCGGGCGCAAACGGAAGCGAGGGGCCAAACGGGUCAACUAUAGGGAGUCUGUGUGGGGAAAACAGACGUCUUCAUCAACAAUAGCGGGGGUAGGAUCUCAUACGGAUAAAGAACUGUCCAAGUAUUACAAACCAAGCUUAGAUAAUGUGCCUGAAAAUGUGGAAAUAUCUCAAAAUAACGGAGAAAACACAUCCCAGCAAAUACAGUCAGCGCGACAGUCUAGAUUGGAUUCUGAAAAAGAGAUUUUCAACACCAUGCUAUCCAAGACUAAAGGUAGAUCUUCGGACAGCAAAUAAUGAAUGAUAACUUUUAGUUAGCCUUUUCGAUGACUCUAUUUAUUUGCUUGUAAAAAUAAAAGAUACAUUAUU